AUGGCGUGGCUCAAAGACUUUGUUGACAAGGCGACGGAGGAGUAUAAACAGGGAAUGAAGCUGGAACGAGCAAGACAGCGAGAGUUUACAGAGUAUCAACAAGAGCGGGAACAGCAGAAGCAGAGAGGUUUUGGAUAUUCGCAGGGUUCACCUUCGGGGUGGCAGGGUCAGUAUGGGCAAUCAGCGCAAUAUGGACAACCUCAGAGUCCGCAAUAUCCACCCCCGAACUCACCAUAUCAAACAACACCGCAAUCGCAAUAUCAGCCACAACCACCAUAUCAAACCCAAGCACAAUCACAGCAAUUCCAAUCACCAAAUGAAUCAUUCACACCCCCUCUGGAUCGAAGAGCCCAAUACUACGCCGACUUAGCAAAAUUCCAAGCCCAAGCAGAACAAGCGAAGGCGGAUGCAGCAAAAGAACAAGCUCGUCUCCAAGCGGAAUUUCAAGCACAGCAAGCCCAAGCAAGAGCACAGGCAGAGCAACUACAAGCACAAUGGCUCGAAACAGAACGUCUAGCAGCGCACUACAAAGCCGAAUACGAGGCACAAAUGAGAAAAGCGGAAGAGGAAAUGGCGAGGAUGAAGGUUGAUGAGGAGAGGUUGAGGGCGGAUGAGGCAAAGGGUUUGAGGAUGGGGGAGGAGGAGCUUGUUAGGGAGCAGCAGAGGUUGUUUGAUGAGAUACGAGCACGAGCGCAAGGGCAGAAGGAGGAGGAGAGACCGCCUUUACCGCCGAGAGUCAGUACGGAGGAUAGGCCUGCUUUGCCGAGGAGGCCUGUUAGUACUGCGAGUACAGGAUUGACGUCAAACUAUGAGUCUUCUCGUGAGAGGAGGACGUCGUAUCUUUCGACCGAGAUCCCUCAAGAGACGUUGAAUUACGAGUCUUCCAGGGAGAGGAGGACAUCAUAUCUUUCGGCCGAGAUUCCUGAAGAGCAUGUUCCUCCCCCGCCGCCGGGACCGCCUCCUAUGAACGUUGCUGGUGGAGGCUAUACACAAAGACAGUCAUCCGGGCAAGCUUCUCAACAGCCGGUGCCUCAUCCGACAAGCCCGCCACUGACACCUGUAGAAGAUACAAGGCGAAGACCUUAUCACUAUUCGAGUCCUACCGCUUCUUAUCAGGCACCGCCUCGCCCACCUACUCAGAACUCGCCUAAGCCUCAACAGCAAUCACCACCUCAACGACAACGACAACAGUCAGAGACCUCAUAUUCUUCGUCUGCACCUCAAAGUCCUCCUCAACAGCAAAAGCCACAAUCUGCUCCUCCUCCUCCUCCGCCGCCGCCUGGGCCGCCUCCUAACCUUGGGGGUGGAGGUAAUCGGCCAAGGCAGUCGUCUGGACAGGCUUCUCAACAACAGGCGCCGGUUUCUCCUCCUCUUCCGCAGACGCCUGUAGUGCAGUCACAAGAGGAAAGGCGGCGGCCAUAUCACUAUUCGAGUCCUACGGCUUCGUAUCACGCACCUCCUCGUACGCCUACUCAAAAGUCGCCUCAACCUCGACCUCAACAGCAGUCAUCACCACCUCGGCAACAACCGCAACACCCAGUGACCUCAUAUCCUUCGCCUCCAUCUCAAAGUCAUCCUCAAAAGAAGGUGCCGCCUCCUCCUCCACCUCCGCCUGGACCGCCUCCCGUGCGCGUUGGGAACGGGGGAUGGAGUCAAAGGAAACCAUCUGCUGCGAAUCCUCCUGGGCAAGCUUCUCAGCAGCAGAUGCCACAGUCACCUCCUCCUCCAACAAAUUUACCACAGACGCCUGAAGAUACAAGGCGACGUCCGUAUGCCUUUUCAAGUCCUACAGCUUCUUAUCAGGCACCGCCUCGCACGCCUACUCAAACCUCACCCCAGCAGCAGCAGCAACCACCACCCCCACCUCCACCGCCGCCUGGACCGCCUCCCAACCUUGGACGUGGAGGUUGUAGGCCAAAACAGUCGUCUGGGCAUGCUUUGCAACAGCAGGUGCCUCCUCCGAUGAGUCCGCCCCAGACGCCUGUAUCGCAGGGGCAGGAAGACUCGAGGCGACGCCCAUAUGCCUUUUCAAGUCCCACGUCUCAGUCUCAUGAACGGAAGGGUUCUUACAAUACACCACCGCGUGCGCCUACACACUCCUCACCUCAGCAGCAGCAAACACCACCUCGACAACACCAACAGCCAGAGCCCUCAUACUUCUCACCUCCACCUCAACAACGAUCUCCUCCUUCCACUCAGCCAAAACCCACCCAAGCGAAACCGUCUCGUGCACGAACACCACCACCAGCCCAACAACACCCCUGCGGCGCAAAACCCGGGGCCGAAUGCUCAGGGGCUCUAACAGCCUAUGCUCAACACUGGUUCUACCACCCCGCCGUCCCAGACUUUGUCAUCUGCACCCGCUGCUACAUCGAUCACAUCUACAACACCAAAUUCAGUAACUCCUUCCGCAAAGUUUUCUACGAAGAUGACGAAAAACGGAGAUGUCGGUUCAGUAGUAGACGUGUCAAAGAUACACUCUUCCCUCAGGCCAUCGAGUCUGGCAGUUUGGACGCGCUUGUUGAGUUUAUGCAGAGACGGAUGCAGAUUAAUGACUGUAGGGAACAGAAUGCUGUUGAAGGGGAGUUGUGGUACAGAGCUGCUGAUAUUCCUAAUGGAACUAUAUGCCAGGCUUGUUUUGAAGAUGGGCUUAUUACUUCUUCGUUUGCAAAGUAUUACACUCUGCAAAGAGAUCAAGGCGGCGCUUAUUGCGAUUUGAGCGUAUGGUUUCUUAAGCGGAAGUUCAUGGACUAUGCGAAGGAGAAUAAAUGGGAGGAGUUUUGUCGACAGUUCAACGAGCGCGCCCAAUUACCGGAUUGUCCAAAGUUGAACGUCGUCAAUGCGAAUCGGUAUACGUGGUACAAGUCUGUAUCUGGACCAGAAGGACUGCAAGCUUGUGGAGCGUGUUACCACGAUUACUUUUGCGCUUCUGAAGAUGAGAAUAAGCUACAGCAGGUCCCUGGUGGGAAUUACAACACGAGAUGUGCUCUUGGACAAGUAAAUGUUGUCAUUCCCAUGCAUCAGGCUUUGGAUGAUGAGGAUAGAAGUCUCUUCUGGAAGGCAGUGCGAGAAAUGGACAAGUAUCCAUUCUGCGACAGUCAGGGAACCAAGGGCGGUGUUUGGUACACACCUAUCAACGAUCCUCAAGGCUGGGGUAUUUGCGCUGCGUGCUAUGAAGGCAUCGUCAAACCCGUUGGAGGCUCGAGGUGGUUCAUGAAGGAUACGACUACCACCCAAGAAGGCGUGUAUCUGUGUGGUUUCAAUCUCGGACACCCUCGUGCGAUGAAAGCGCUCGGUGCAUACUCGCAUGCGCGUAAUUGGGGAGAUGGCAGGAUUUUGUUGGACUGGGCUGCGGAAUGGGGUUCUGUUGAGCCUUGUCCGGGGAUCAAGUUUGUCAAGAACAGACGAUGGUGGGGAUGGGGAAUGGUAGCCAUCUGUGAAGACUGCUAUGCUUCUUUCGCGAAGGGUACAGCGCUUGAACCAAGGUUUGCACUUACAGGUCAGAGAGAACCUAACAAGGAACGCAUGUGCGAUUUGUUCUCACCUCGUAUGAGGGGUUUAUACAAUGAAGCUUGCCAGACGGGUAACCUCGAGGGAUUCCUAUCAUUCGCAGAGCAACGACAUAUGAUCUACACCCAGACGAUCAUGCAAUGCGAACAAAUCCUCAAUGAACAGAAAAUGGCAGCUAUGCAAGCGCAGAUGCUAGGUGUACAAGGAACUGUGUACAAGAGCAUGGGAUGGUCGCAGGAUGCAACGAUGGGUCAUAGCUACACAGUCGGAAACCCAUAUGCUGGUUAUGGCCAUGAGAAUGAGUUUGUUCUUCAAGGGUACACGUAUGAUAGACAGGCUAGGGAGAAGGCAGCGGAGGUCAUGAGUGGAGGACCUAUGAUGAGGGUUCAGUUACUUGAAGCGAGAUGGAAAGAGGUUGAGUAA